ACCCAGUGUGCUUGCCGGGACUCCUCCCCCGCUCCGCUCAGGCAAGGUGGAAAGUGACCGUGAAAGGUCCUUGUUUUGGGCAAGGACCACGAGAGCUGGACUGCCUCCUCCUGAGACACAAGAGGGUCAAAAAGCAAAGGGCCUCGCUGUGGGGUCUGAGGGGCCUGGGUGAGGCGAAUCACUCGCCUUUUCCGCUGCUCUCGCUGACCUGCCCAUGGCCACGACUCGAUUGUCUGGGCUUCACAAGCCCAAUACAGAGGAGGCCCAGGCGUGAGGAACCGGCGGAGCGGGGGAAGGUACGCCAUCCCGCGGGGCCGCGCGGAAUCUGCGGGCCCGGAAGAGCAGGUAACGCCGCGGCGGCCGGAAGCGUCCCUUGGAAGGCGGAAGCAGAGGGUUCCGCGGGCUCCGCGGGAACCUGGUUCUCUGGCGCAGCGGACGACCCUCGGGCAGGGUCGCCUGCAGCACUUGGAGUAGGAAGAAAAAAAUGUCUCAAAAGCAGAUGAAAGAAGCUUUUGUCAGUAACCUCAAUGGAACUAGCGUGUUGGAAAUCACCCAGGGCUUGUGCUUUCCUGCAUUCUGUAUCCUGUGCAGAGGGCUCCUGAUCAUUUUCUCACAGCACUUGUGUUCCUUUUCACAUACAUGGAGAACUCGAUUCUUCAUCGACUUUGUUGUCUUAGUAGUUCCCCUGGUGUCCACUUUGACCAUUUUGUCUUCAUUUAUCCUUCUUGAGCAUCUCGCUGUAAUGAUCUGUUGGGUGGGGCUGCUUUAUCAAAUAUACCAAAGGAGAACUUGCUAUGCCAGAGUGCCUCUCCAGAAAAUCCUUGAAAAAUUCAUGAAAAUCAGUCUAGAAUCAGAAUACAAUCCAGCCAUUGCCUGUUACCGUGUAAUUAACAGUGUAUUUACUGCUAUUGCCAUUUUGGCUGUGGACUUCCCACUUUUUCCCAGAAGAUUUGCCAAAACUGAGCUCUAUGGAACAGGGGCAAUGGAUUUUGGAGUAGGCAGCUUUGUUUUUGGGACUGCAAUGGUUUGUCUGGAGGUCAGGAGAAAAUACAUGGGAGGGUCCAAGUUUUAUUAUCUUACAAAAUCAUUGUACUCUUCUUGGCCAUUAUUCUUCCUGGGAAUAGGACGAUUAAUUGUUAUAAAAUCCAUAGACUAUCAGGAACAUUUAACUGAGUAUGGAGUUCACUGGAACUUUUUCUUUACCAUAAUAGUUGUGAAACUGAUAACAUCAUUGCUUUUGAUUAUUUUUCCCUUAAAUAAAUCCUGGAUCGUGGCAGUCAGCAUUACCAUGUUGUACCAGCUAGCCCUUGCGUUUACCCCCCUGAAGAGGUUAAUUUUGUAUGGCACAGAUGGCAGUGGCACGAGGGUUGGUUUAUUAAAUGCCAACCGAGAAGGAAUAAUCUCUAGUUUGGGGUAUGUGGCGAUACAUAUGGCUGGUGUACAAACAGGAUUAUAUGUGCUUAAAAAUAGAACACAUAUCAAAGACUGGGUAAAAGUAGCAUGUUGUCUUCUACUAGUAUCUAUUAGCCUCUUCAUCUCUCUCUAUGUACUUCAAGUAAAUACUGAAGCAGUAUCUCGAAGAAUGGCCAAUUUAGCCUUUUGUGUGUGGGUAGUUGCUUCUAGCCUGAUCCUUCUUAGUUGUUUAUUAUUGAGUGAUAUAGUUUUGAGUUUUGCCAAAUUUCUAGUUAAAGGGGCUCUAGUACCAUGUUCUUGGAAACUUAUCCAAGCACCUUCUACAAAUAAAAAGCAUUCAGAAUUUUUAGUCCCAGAAGCUGAAAGAAAAGAAUCCCAUCUUUGUUUAGUCACAGCUUUGAACAGAAACCAGUUGAUUUUUUUCUUGCUGUCAAAUAUAACAACUGGCCUGAUCAACCUAACGGUAGAUACAUUACACAGCAGUACCAUGUGGGCCUUAUUUAUACUCAAUCUCUAUAUGUUUACUAACUGCUUAAUUGUAUAUAUACUUAAUUUGCAAGGUAAAUCUAUAAAAUUUUGGUGAUCAGUAGGGGCAGGAUGAUCUAUAUUAUGAGCAAUAUGAUUUUAAUAGGGAAGAAUAAAUGUGAAGAAAAUGUGCUUUUAGCAACCCAGUCUUAAAUCAUACUUUGUUGUAGAAUUAGAGUUUCAAUCCUCUGAUAGUAAUGAUCCUCCCCUCCUCCUCCAUUGGGGAUUGAACCCAGGGGCAUUUUUACCACAUGAGCUACAUCCCUAGUGCUUUUAAAAAUUUUGACACAGGGUCUUGCUAAAUUGCUGAAGCUGACCUUGAACUUGU